AUGAGGAAUCUAAGUGGUACAGAGGUUGAGUUGAUAGCUGCAAAAUUCUUAGUUGACUUCAUUUUUUCUCCCUCGACUUUUAGGGUGGUGGAGAGCGUGGGGGAGCAGGUGGAGGAGGUUAGCGAGGGGGACAUGGUGGUCCCAGUGUUCUCCCCGCACUGCGGGCAGUGCAGGGACUGCCUGUCGACGAAGAGCAACAUCUGUACAAGGUUCCCGCCGGCGCACCUCCCGGGCAUGCCGAGUGAUGGCACCAGCAGGUUCACGGACGCCGGCGGCCACCCCAUCCACCACUACUUAUACGUCUCCAGCUUCUCCGAGUUCACGGUGGUUGACGUCAACAAUAACUUGACACGUUUUCGAGGCGGAGUUGGCGCUGCCUGGAAGGUUGCCGAAGUGGAGGAGGGCAGCACGAAGAAAGGCGAAGACUACCGUACCCUCCCUUUGGGAGGGUACGGUGCCCACCCCUCUCACAAGGGGUGGGCCCCACUGCCGGGGCCCCCUGUAUUGGGAGGGGGCCCCAUAGCCGAGUCUUACAAUCCCCCCCUCACAGAAGGGGGGAUUGUACCGGUGCCCUCCCUUUGGGGAGGGCACCGGAGCGUUCACCAAGAAGAAAUUAAAGUUGGGGAAGGAGCCAGGAUGCUUGGGGCUUCCAAGAUCAUAGGAGUUGAUCUAAACCCAGCAAAAUUUGAGCUUGGUGGGUUGCUGAUUAAACAAAUACAUUUGGAGUGUAAAAAUAAAGGAAAAAGUUUGGAUUUACAGACUUCAUCAAUCCCUCCGACCUCACAGAAAAAUCAGUCUCCCAGGUUGCUCCCUUUGCCUAAUUGUACUGUUACUUCUAAAUAUCAAAGCACGUAG